UGAUCUCGGAAGCCGCCGAGCCGUUUCUUCUUCCACCUAUCGUCACCGUUUGGUCACCAUUUGCGACAUGUCGACGGCAGAUACGACAAUGGUGGAAACACCAGUCGAAGCACCAGUCGAAGUAGAGCUUCUUGUAGCUCGACGUUCAAAACGGAGCACAGCGGGAAACAGGAUGGAGGCUGCACUGGCUGAAAUGUUAAUAGAUGACUCGAUAACAGACCUUGAUGAUGACGUCGAUUUUUCUGUCGACAGAUAUGAAGAAGAUGUCUUCGAGUCCGACUUUGAGAGCACAGACGAAGAGCCUCAAGGGGAAGGUGACGCAGGGGAACAGGAAGCACUAGACGAAGAAAAGCGAGCACGUAAGGCUGCUCGGAUUCGUAUAGAAAAGGCGACUGCUGCCGCUCAUGUCCGCCAGAAAGUCACAUUUAAUCCUGAAGCCUCGGCAUCUAGUGCCCCAGCGACCAAAUUGAGACCAAACCGUCGCGUCUCGUUGGGAACCGCCGUCGAUGCAGAGACAGGAGAAGUCAUUAAACGUGACGCCAAGGGGCAGCGACAUAGUAAAAGAACACACACAAUAAAGAACACAUCAGCGACAGCCAAGCGAUUCAAAAAGGGUGAAGAGAAGCGCGCUGCUCAGACACCGAAGAAGGUCAAGGCUCUCACCCGCGAAAUAACACAAGACGAACUCAUUGCCCGAGCACUCGAUAAUGAGGAGGGCAACAUUGUCGAACAUCGUGACUAUCUCAAACUCGAGGAGGAGAAACGGAAGCGCGCCCGAGUGGUGAGAGCUGCUGCCGAGGGCCCUCUACUGCGGUGGGUAAGCCGGAGCGAGGAAGUGAAAGUCCAAGUGGAAGUCACCCCGCCUCCGCCACCUGCAACCACGCCAGCAUAUAGCUACGGACACGGUUAUGGAGCUUACAACGCACCCAGUACAUCUACACCACUGACCUACCCCUACUACCCUUCAGCUAUGACAACGCAUUACCAAAAUCCGUACAUGCACUAUCUUCCCCCUCCUGCACCUCCUCCUGCACCUGUCUUCGAAGAACGAACAGAAAAGGUUAGCAAAAACUAUCUCGUCUAUGAACUUGCGCAAUACGAAAAAGCGCCCAAGCCAUCGUGGACCGAGUCGAUGGAGGUUAUUUUCGGUGAUCAUGUUAGAUGGGAUCAGGUCAAGGUGUAUAGUGGAAAGGGAAGACCUAUUUCGCGACCCAAGCAGAUCUGCCCAUUGACUGGUCAACCCGCGCCGUAUCUUGAUCCAAGGACGGGGGUACCGUUUGCUAACAUUUGCGCUUAUGAGACGCUCACGAAGCUGUUGAACCAUCAAUUUGUGUGGAGUACAGCGCUAGGGUGUUAUGUGAGGGAGGAAGAACCCACAGCAGAGGAUAAUAUGGAUACUUCGUAAAGUGUCUAAUUAUGUCGUUUACUCUUCGUCCCUAUAGCUAGCUAUCGUGGUCCCGAACGGUGAUGCAAGGCGUCAUCUUCUGAGAUGUGCCGUCGAAUGAACAGUUGCAAAUCAGCUGUAGCUACGUGUAUGCUAGGAUUGAUGGGCCAUCGAUAUUAAGUACUUGUGCUUCCCAG